UUAAACAAAUUACGUUUCAAUUUUCCGCCAAAAAUGUGAGAAAUGGCAGUUAGAUCAUCCAACUCCUCCAAAUCUGUGAAACGCCUAAGCUCUUUCUCCCUUGAUAAAAUCCUCAAAAUCCGACAAAACCUCUCCAAGUCCCACACACGAAUCUGGAACCAAUGUGAUCCAGAAUGCAUCGACAACGAAGGGCUCCGGCUGCCUACACUAAAGCUAAGCCACCCCAUCUUGCGCGCUAUAGAUUCGUGCAAUGCCACACUCGAAGAAUUCAGCCAAGUGCACGCCCAACUCAUUGUCUCCGGUCUCUUCCAGCACUCACUCGCGGCCAGUCGAGCAAUAAAGAAGCUAUGCUCCUCCCCAUCUUUGGUUCCUCACGCCGUCUCUCUCUUCUCUCGCCUAGAUGAACCAGAUGCUUUCCUCUGCAACACCAUAAUCAGAGCUUAUGUGAGCUUCCACGACCCACAUAGUGGGCUGGGCUUCUAUUAUGGACAAAUGAUACGAAAAUGCAUCCCACCUAAUCAUUAUACCUUCCCACUUUUGAAUAAGAUAUGUGCUGAGCUUGGUUCGAUCCGAGAAGGGGAGAGGGUACAUGCCCAGAUUGUGAAAUUUGGUUUAGAAGUCGACUUGUUUGUGCAGAAUUCGCUUAUUCAUGUGUACUCUGCUUGUGGGGAAAUUGUGGCCGCACGUCAGUUGUUUGAUUUAUGUCCUGAGACAGAUGUGGUAACGUGGAAUUCAAUGAUUGAUGGGUAUGCCAAGAAUGGCAUGGUUAGUGUGGCUCGUUGGUUUUUUGAUAAGAUGCCUGAUAGAGAUAUUGUGAGUUGGAAUUCGAUGGUUGCAGGUUACACGGGAGUUCAGGAUAUGAAGGCUGCAGAAGAGUUUUUUCAGAGGAUGCCAGUUAGAGAUAUUGUUUCUUGGAACUGUAUGGUUGAUGGAUAUGCUAGAAUUGAGCAGGUGCCAGAUGCUCGUGGGCUUUUUGAUCGGAUGCCUUGUCGUAAUGUUGUUUCUUGGAAUACAAUGUUGGCACUUUAUGUGAGAAUCAAGGAUUACAGAGAAUGUCUGAGAUUGUUUGAUAGGAUGAUGGGAAGUGGAGAGACAAAUCCAAAUGAAGCAACUUUCAUGAGUGUCUUGACUGCGUGCGCAAAUCUAGGUAAGCUAGAUAGAGGUAAAUUGAUUCAUUCCUACAUAGAAAAUAGUGGGAAGGUUAAACUUGAUGUGUUACUUUUAACCUCUCUCUUGACUAUGUAUUCAAAGUGUGGAGACAUGGCCUCUGCAAGGGAAGUCUUUGACAAGAUGCCAGAGAGGAGCAUAGUCUCUUGGAAUUCUAUGAUAAUGGGGUAUGGCAUGCAUGGGCAAGGAGAGAAGGCCCUUGAGAUGUUCUUAGAGAUGGAGAAGAAAGGGCCAACUCCAAAUGGUGUUACUUUUAUAUGCAUCUUAUCUGCAUGUGCCCAUGCUCAAAUGGUAUUGGAGGGUUGGUGGUAUUUUGAUCUUAUGCAGAGAGCGUACAAUAUUGAACCCAAGGUCGAACAUUAUGGUUGCAUGGUUGAUCUUCUUGGUCGUGCUGGACUAAUUAAAGAUUCUGAAGAGCUCAUAGAGAAUAUGCCAAUGGAGGCAGGACCAGCCUUAUGGGGGGCUCUUCUAUCAGCAUGUAGGACUUACUCAAAUUUUAAACUUGGGGAGAUAAUUGGCAAGAGGCUAAUUGAGUUGGAUCCUGGAGAUGUUGGUCCCUAUUUGCUGUUAUCAAAUAUAUAUGCUGCAGAAGGUAAGUGGAAUGAUGUUGAGAUGGUGAGAAAAAUGAUGAGGGAGAAAAAAUUACAGAAAGAUGCAGGUUGUAGCCUGGUUAACCUCGGUGAUCCUGAUUCAGAGCCUUUUGUGGAGGAUGCUUCAAUCCAUAGGAAGAGCAUGGUGUAUGCCAUGUUAGGUGAGAUGGGUGCUUGCAUAAAGUCAACAUUUAGAGACUACAGUGAAAUAAAGAACUUUGGAGUUCAAUAGGAUCUUUUACUAGUUACAGAAGAAACUAUAAUUUAUGUAAGAAUAGGUUCAAUUGGUAAUUGCCAAGUCUUUUCAUUUUGGAAUUUUGGACAUUGAAGCCUAGAAGCUUUGGCACUUCUUUCUUAAUCUGUUUGACUAUAGCUGGGUUUUCCCAGAACAUGUUGCAGGCUUCUUAAGAUAGUGGACAGGAAGAGGGUUCAGUAAACGAGGGAAAGCAUUGUGGCAAUCUGUUGCUCAUUCUAUUCUUUGGAGUAUCUGGGAAGAGAAAAACAAUCCUGUGUUUGACAACAAAACAAGAAACCAGGAGGGGCUCAUUUCCACUAUCUCCUACAGAUGCCUCCUUUGGGCCACCAGUUCAGAGUAUUUUAAAGGAAUUUCUAUUUCUGAUCUUCAUAGGAAUGUGAUAAGCUUAUUAUAUUCCCAAUAUUUUUCCUGCACUACCCAUCGCACUUUAAGAAGUUAACCAUGUACUUCGAUGGAAGUGCAUUUGGUAAUCCAGGUGAAGCAGACAUUGGAGGUGUUUUUAGAAGGAGAGAUGGCAACAUUAGUUGGGUUUUCAGUGGACCAAACGGGGUUGCUUCUUCAACAAAGGCUGAAAUCUUGGCAGCCCUAACCGGUAUCCGGUUAGCAAGAGACGGGUAUUCGAACUUCACCAUAAAAGGAGACUCUGCUAACGGUAUUAAUUGGUUAGCUGAACCUGACAGUGGCCCCUGGUCUUUAGCUCACUACUUGACUGAAGUGAGAGACAUCCCUUCUACUUUGAAUGUUCACUUAGGCUGGAUCUCUAGGGAGCUAAACACUGUAGUUGAUGGCCUAGCAAAGGCUGGUGUUCACAGGGAUUACCUGUUUAGUGAUAACUCUUUUCCUGUAUCCUUGUACAUCUUCUCAUGUACUCCCUCCUUUUUAAUAAAGUUACCUUUUUUCUCAAAAAAAAAAAAAAGGACAUUGAAACAAACCAUGAUAUGGCAAAAGUCCAUGGAAGCUACAGUGCUUGUCUCACUUCUUGAUGAGAAUGCUUGAAAGUGAAACUAUGAUGUCAAUUAUGCUACAUGGUUGUUAAUUUCCAAUGUCAUUUCAUUGUGCCUAAGUACUUGAAACCUGGAGAGGGGGAGAAGUGGCAAUGGAGUUGCGAGACAACAAAGUCUGAAUCUGUAGAACACCUCUUUUUUACACAAGGGCAUGUAUGUCUUGAAAUCUGUAAUUGUUGCACAUCAUAUUAAUCAUCAUUGUCUC